UACGACAAAUAUUUAGUGCGGACUCGGUUGGCAACCUUCAUCCUGGGCGAAGAGCUGCAGCGGGUGGAGGGAUGAGCCACUCUUCUGUGACCGGUCAGGAUGCGCAAGAAGCAAGCAAUGGUGUCGAUACCUCUGACUCUCCCAGGGCCUCAGAUUGGUUAGGACCUCAUGGAUUCACCACCCAGGGGUUAAAGUUCAGGGAUGGGUCUGAUUAUGAACCUCAUGAGGGGUCUCCUGUCCUGUCAGAGACUCUAAAACACACAUCUCACCACAAGGACUCAUGUAGAGAGACACACACACUCCAGUUACACACAGACCACUCAGAGUCACCGCCUACAGACUCACUGGUUCAACACAACCAGUGUGCACAUAUUCCAACUGAAGACAGCUCACACGAGGACACACGCUCCUGUGAGACUGACGUAAUACAUGGCUGCUCUAAAAAAGAACUGGAAGAAUGGAGAGGGGAGGAGGAUGAGAGAGAGACAAGUGGCGGAGAGGUGAACAAUGUCCACGAGAGAGAGAUCAAGCAAAAGGAGACUCUUAUUUCUGUACAGCCAGUUGGUACACUCGAACACCCUCCCACUUGCUCUGAACAUGAUGAAUGGGCCGAUCCCGAUUCGUCGGAUGAAGUCCAACCAAAUUCUUCCAAUUCUCCUGAUGAGGCCCCGCCCCUUGUUCCGGCCCCUCCCCCCGACCAGGCCCCACCCCCUCUGCUGCCAGACCUGGACGAUUCUCCGUGCCCGGCUCACGUGAUGGCUGAGGUACGUGUGCGGUCGGUACCAGAGCGGGAUCGAGUCGUGCGUGGCAUGCAGGACAGUAAAAGCCUGGAUGAGAUCAGUGGGGCAUGUGGGGGUGGACCACGGGGAGGCGGAGCUAGAGGUGGCCAGGCUGAAGGACGACGAGCUACCAUAUCCAGUGCACUCGAAUUAGAGGGAACCGUCAGCCAUGAUGGAGAUCUCACGCACUUCAUCACCAAAAAUCUUGAACAGAAGAUUAAAAUGAGCUCGCGGCCGAGUCUGGACACGGAUUCCGACUGUUCUGGACCUGUUGUACGUGGCCGUGGCUCUUUGCGUCGGCCGGCUGAUAUUCCGCCCAUUGACCCGUCAGUGCUGGUAGACCUGCACAAACACACACAGGAUGUGGCUCAGAGUGUAGAACUGAUGCUGCGAAGCCUCAAUGGAACUAUCCAGAAUAUGACUGCUUUAAGUGUGGGUUAUAUCCAGACAUACAGAGAUUCUGUGGACAGUUUGGGAGAGUCAGUGGACAUGAGUAUAAAGGGAAUGUACACGCUCAUGGCGCGCUGUGAGGAGCUAGAUCGCUCCAUGCAACCUAUACAUGCUCUAGCUGCUCAGAUCAGAGACAUCAAACGAACCCUCGAUGCCCUGGAGACCAUCUGCAAGUAACUGUGGCAACAAACCACACCCCCUGUCUGAGUGGGAACUCCACCCCUUUGACAAAAACAGUGGCUCCGCCUUCUGCAGUCUUUCUGCUACACACCGUGCAAUGGAACCAUUUUGCUAAUUAUAAUGUUUACUAGCAAUGCUCUGCAAGUGCUCAUCCCCUUAGAGACAGCUUGGUUCUCACCCUUCCCCUCGGAGGCCACAUCUUUAACCACCUCCUUUUAUUGUGGCUCCUCCCCUCUAGAAUGUCGCACGGCAAAAAAGUAUCGACUCCUCCCUGUGAUUCAUGCCGUCCAACAUCCUUCACAUGACCACAGGAAGCACUCUGUGUUGUUGUUGGCUCCUGGGCAACUGAUUGGUGUUAACGUUGCCCCUGUUUAUGAAGUGAGUGUGUGUGGACUUAUCAGUGGGUGUUUUGAACGGUUGCGUUGGUGUUAAAUGCACCAUCUGUAAUGGCCUCAAAUUUAAAACAUAGAGUAAAACACCAGUAUUCACCAGUUUGGAAGCCAUGCUCUGUGUAUACUUGUUCCUCCCGGACGUCUGUGUUUUUGCAGGAUGGAUGCUAUGCAUCCCAGAUCAGUUCCUCUUUUCACAGCGACCAUUAUUACAUGAAUAGUUCACCUGAAAAUAAAUUCUGAUAUCAUUUAUUCACCCUUAUGUUGUUUGAAACCUGUAUGACUUUUCUUCCUUGAAGUGGAAAAGGAGAAUUUUUGAAGACAGUCAUCAUAAAUCUUGAGGAACAACAUAUUUUUCAGCCUGUUUCUCACACAAGGAAAGAAAGCUAUCUUCAAAAUGUCUUCUUUUGUGUUCCUCAAAGGAAAGAAAGUCAUAAAGGUUUGGAAGGACAUGAGAGUGAGUAAAUAAUGGCAGAAUUUUCUGUUUUUGGAUGAGCUAUUCCUAACAUAAGCAUCGUAAAGGCCCGUCUUCAGAUAUUGGACUCUUGAUUACUGUAUUGAGAGUCAUGACAAAUGUCCUGCCCGUUUGUUCAAUCGUUUUGUCGUCUGCAACUGUUCUUCACGAGAAACAACCCCACAAAUCAGAGGAAGGUCAAGAAAGACUGGAGGUGGGUGGAUGGAUGAAAGUUUAUUUUUGCAAAUGAUCUUUACCUUUCUCUGUUCAUGUUUGAACCGUCUCUCUCUCUUUGUCACUGUCUUGCUAACUAUAACCCUAAUUUGUCCAACAAUCCGUCAUCAAUGUAUAUUUUAAAUUAUUGUAUAAACCAAAAUAAAUUUGCUAGAAUGAUCCUUGA